AUGUCUACCGGCGUUAAUAGCCUGCACUCCAAGCUCGUGUCGCUUAUAAGCCGUGGUCAAGAACUCACCAGCAUUUUCUUCUAUGCUCCUGCGAAAGAAAAAUGCCACCUUGAAGAUACCAUUGCAUCUGCCACUUGGGGAUUGCCUCUGGUGAUUUGGCGAACGGAUAGAGCUGUGAUCCUGAAUGGAUUCAUCGGCGAGGGACUCUUGGUGCUGGCUUGUCUGCCAGGAUUUCAUUGGAGAGCUCUGCUAGGCAGCCUAUCAAGGAGUUUGAAAUACCUCAGACAGGCGAGGAUACUUAUUGAAUUUGUAGAGGACAGAGAUGAAUUUCUAGUCAGUGAAGUGCUGCAGUUUUGCCUCAGUCACGAUAUGAUUAAUGUCAAUGCAAUAUUUGCCGAUUUUUCGGAAACUGAAAAUCUUUCCAGCUUCGAGGCCUAUCCAAGUUUCGAAGUGGUGAACCAAACAUUUACACCUGACACACAAGUAGCUGACUUGUAUCCGAAUAAGAUGUUAGACCUUCGUGAAAGUUUUAUUCGUACAAUGCCAGAUUACUCGGUGCCAAAUACCAUUCUUUACCAGGACACAGAGGGCAAUAAAGAGAUUCUUGGCUAUUUGUGGGACUUAUUAAAGGUCUAUGCUCAAAAGCACAAUGCCCAACUGCAGGUGGUCAAUAAGAAUGCGGAUGAUAGGCCACUCAACUACAUAGAACUCCUUGAGGCAGCCCAAAGUGGAAUCGUAGACCUGUGUGCCAGCAUACAACCAAUGUCGAUGGGUUUCAUAGGCCGCAUGCACGAGAUGUCCUAUCCGGUGAACCAGGCCAGUUGGUGCACCAUGUUGCCGGUGGAAAGGCAGCUCCAUGGGUCCGAGUUGCUAUCGCGGGUGUUGCCAUAUCCCACACUUGCCCUACUACUAAUCCUCUGGAUUCUCUACGAGCUUCUUCGUGGACGCUGGCGGCGACAUUCGAGACUCCAAAGUAUUGGCUGGCUGGUGUUGGCCACAUUGGUUAGCACAAACUACGUGGGAAGACUGCUCAAUCUAUUUACAGAUCCACCAUCUCUGCCACCAAUCAACAGCCUGGCAGCUUUGAUGGAAUCACCUGUGCGCAUCAUCUCCGAACGAUCCGAAUACUCGGCCAUUGAAUUUACACAGCGCACCAAAUACUCCGCUGCAUUCCAUCUGGCAUUGCAGGCAUCGAUACUGAUAGGACUGCGAAAUGCCUUCAAUACAUCCUACGGCUAUACGAUCACUAGCGAAAAGUGGAAAAUAUAUGAGGAGCAGCAGAAGCGCGGCUCAAAGCCAGUGUUUCGGUACUCCAAGGACCUGUGCUUCUAUGAGAUGAUACCAUUUGGACUGGUCAUUCCGGAGAACUCGCCCCAUAAAGCUCCAUUGCAUAGUUACACGCUGCUCAUCAGACAGUCUGGUCUGCAUGAUUUCUGGGUGAAUAGGGGCUUUUCCUAUAUGGUUAAGGCGGGUAAGAUCAACUUUACAGCCAUUGGGAAGCGUUAUCAGGCCAAAACCCUCAAGUUUACGGACCUCAGACAUGUCUUUAUCGUUUACGUCUCAGUAGUGUUAAUUAGCAUGCUUCUGUUUACCUGUGAGCUUUUUGUCAGCUGGGUAAACUACUGGCUGGGCUUUUAA